AUGCAGAUAAAUACUUGGCAGCAAGCAUUUGAACAAUUUAUGAACCUUCCAUCCAGCAUUGGUAAUGGUUAUGAGUUAGUCGAUGAUGAAGUAAAAAUUAAGUGGAAAUCGAAGUCAUCAUCAGCGUCGCUCGACAAUGGUUUACAAACAUGUGGACGAUGUUCAACGGGUUGUAAACGUUGUAAAUGUGCAAAAAACGGUUAUAUUUGUACUAUUUAUUGUGAAUGUUCUGAUAAUUGUUCAAAUCGUCCAGUCACAAGUUUUAUUUCGAGUUCUGUGUUGAAAAAAAUCGUGAGAUAGAGAGCUUAUAAUAUUUUAUCGUAAUUUUAAGUUUUUCGCUAAUUUUAGGGAUCAUCUGGUUUGGAUUCUAAGUCUCGAACAACGUCGA